CGUAAUUUUUAAUACGCAAAAUGUCAUACAGUUUGUUUUCUGUAGAAAAAGAAUCUAUUAUUCUCGAUUUUUAGAUAUUCGAAGUGAUAUUUGUGUGCCUAAAUCAAUAAACAGAAAUUAGCCUUACAAACACCGCAGUUCAGUUGCUAAUACUAUAAAUACUUACGGACCAAAGCCACAUACCUCCUGUUUCAUUUCCUGGUGUUGAUAAAGGAGCCUUUGUCUUAAAAUGGAUUAUGUUACUACUUUAAAGAUCCUCGUCAUUGGUGAAAGCGGUGUUGGGAAAUCCAGUAUCAUACUUGCGUUCACUACGGGAGACUAUAACUCCUCAUUCCCUGCCACAAUCGGAGUUGACUACAAAUGCAAGAUUAUGGAAGUUAAUGGUGUCAAAGUGAAACUUGGUAUCUGGGAUACUGCGGGUCAGGAGAGGUAUAGGACACUGACCUCCAGUUUUUACAGGGAUGCACACGGAGCAAUAUUAGUAUAUGACAUAUCAGAACCUAAAACCCUGGAGAAGCUGAAGGAGUGGGUGGACGAGCUGCAAGUUUACUCGACAAAGAAAAACAUCGUAUGCUUAGUGGUCGGGAACAAACUUGACAAGCCGCGCGCGGUACCCCGGGAACAAGGUCAGGCGUUCGCGCAAAAACACAGAAUGCUGUUUAUAGAGAGCAGCGCCAAAACACAAGAGGGGAUCAAUUUGGCAUUCGAAGAACUCGUGCAAAAGAUCAUCGAGACACCGGGCCUGUGGGAGACAGGCGGUGCCUCCUCCAACAUUCGCAUAUCGAACGAGGAGCGAAGACAGCAAGAGUCGAGCUGUUACGAUUACACUUGUAGCAUUUAAAUCCUCUUUUGCACUGUAUCGGUUGGCUUAGCAUCGUUAAUAGUGAUUUUUGAAGCAAUGGCGGCACUAGACCACAUUUGAACGUCGGCGACAUCAAGUUCGUGAGGCCUAUUUUACUUCGCAGUUAAAAACCGUUAAAUUAAGUGAGCCA